AUGGUCCUUACUCUAACUGAUGCUGUGCCUAAAAAGCGCGGGCCUAAGACAGAUGUCUUGGAAGCCCUCCUGAAAAGAGUAGAUGGACUUGAGGCAAAGUUAAGAGAAAAGGGCGAGGACGAUGUGUCGCUUGCGACCUCAAACCUGCCAGGAGUUGGUGACGCGGAAACAUCAGAAUCUGGUUCUCAAACUACCGAGACUGGAAAAGCGGUUGCGAAACGUGCCGCAAUCGAUCCGCGCACCUCUCCUGUUAACAGGAACUCGCUCUCUCCGGUAUCUCGGGAUCCAUCACCCCCUCCCUCCCAGACCGAGGGUCUCCUCGACACUUAUUUCGCAAGAUUCCAUGGCAAGCCGUAUUACAUCGUCGAUGAAUCAUCAGUUCGACAGAGACAUCAACUAAACCAACUUCCGAGAUUCUUGUCUUUUGCUAUUUCAGCAGUGGCGGCGAGACAUACUGCCGACGCCAGUGGAUAUCAAGCAGCUGCCAAUCUUAGUGAAGACCUCGCAGCGCGGGCUAGACGGGAGAUUAAUACCGACGAACCGUCGAUAGAUGGCUUACAAGCACUUUUGUUGUUGGUCAGUGCCUUCACAGCAACAGGCAAAGGCAAAAAGGCGUACAUGCUCAUGACGACUGCCAUCGGCAUGGCAAUGGCACUCGAAAUACACAAGGAGACCGAUGCUCAAGCACGCAUGACCCCAAUCGAACGAGAAAUGAGACGUCGACUGUUUUGGACUUGCUACCUACUUGACCGAUUCCAAGCGACUGGUUCCAAGCGACCAAGCCUGAUCAGCGACAACACCAUCCUGCUUCGCCUUCCAUCCUGGUCCCCUAACUCGGUCUCCCUCCCGGUGGAAGGAGAGUUCUUUCAAACUGGAUCGAAUCUGCAGUAUUUUCAGGGCAGCGAGAAGAAGCCUCAAGGAAGCAUGGGCAUGCUCAUUGAUAUCACGCGAGUCCUAGGAAACACGAAUCGAUACUUGGCUGCAGGUGGUGUCAAGGCGGACUCCCACUUCCCAUGGCACACGCUUUCCACCAUAUCUAAAAUUCGUCAAGAUCUUGAUGUUUGGGCUUCUGGAACCCAAGACAUAUUCUCAAACCUCGGCACGCUGUUCAGACAAGCCGACUCGACCAUUCUGCUGCUCAGCAAGCUCGUCUACCAUCUCAUUCACUGCUUGCUCUACAGGCCGUUUCUGCCCAUUGACCUAGCAGAGCUGGCUGAAACAGGACAGCACCAGUCGUGGCAGAUUGAAGCCACCAAUAUGUGUUUUCUUCAUGCCAAUGCAAUUAUAGAGUUGGUUCAACUUGGAAAACAGUCUGGCAUCGUUGACUGGCCUUCAUUCGUGGGAUACUGUAUUUGCACAGCAGGCACAGUUCACGUUCAUGGCGCCCACUACAGCCAGCAGGGAAGUCAAGGCGAAGUCAAUGUCUUCGGCUCCGCAGCAGAGUUCCUCUCCAGUGAGAUGCAGUUCCUUAACGAGCUUCGAUAUGCCUGGGCCACAGUACAGCAUCAACGCGAAACUCUGCAGGACAUCAGCCAUGCUCAUAGUGAAUUGGUGAAGGCGCUAACGCGCAGCUCAAUGCGCUACACACCCGGGUUCCACAGCGAAGACUUCUUUGAUCGUUACUCAAACAUAGGUGGGCCUGGUGGCCCAUCAUUCAGCUUCGACGCUGCCAAUCUCCGUCUCUCAGACGUUGGAAUCGAUAUUGGUGUUGGGCCUGCUGCCGAGGUAACAGUACGAAGUGUCGAUGGACCCCAGCGCCCUAACCUCAAACGAAAGAACACAGCACCACCAGGACCUAUCAACCGCAGACGCCCUGAUGUGAAGGUAAUCUCAGGCCUUGCACUAUCUGCCACGGGCCUCCCCACGCCAGGUACCGCCCGUCGAUCGUUUUCCUACACAUCUGGAGGAAUGCCUCAUUCAUCACCUGGUCUCCUCGCGACGCCCACAUCACUACCGGGUCACCAUGAGCACCACGAUAUAUACACUAUGCAUGAGCACAUGAGUGAUGCAUCCUCAAACAACGCCGCAGUUGCCGCUGCCGCUGCAGCAGGAUUCACCAUGUCGCCUACGUCUCAUGCCGUUUCAUCUCACAACAUGCACCCGAUGGGUGGUUCACCGUUUAGCCCCCCAUACAGCUAUGGCUCUGGAUCGAGUAUAACUAACUCGGGCCCGGGCAUGAUCAACGAAGCCAAUGGGGGUUACGAUGCAAUGUUUGGAACAGUGCCAACAAAUGCGUUUGGUAGUCCCGCUGCUUGGCAAACCGACGAUGGUCACAACAAGAUGCAUCUCACUCAAACCAGACCCGCAGCAGGAAGCCCUGGGGCUCGAAGCAACAACGGCAGCACUGGAACGGGCCAAGGGGAGGAAAAGGAUCCAUUCCUGGCUCUUCUAGAGCAACUGGCCGAGAACGAGAACCGUGCCCAAAACGGCAAUGCGGGUGAUAUCGAUUUCUUUCUUGGCAAUUCUGGCUCGAAUGCCUGA